AUAAUAAAUGUCCACUUUGCUCCCAAGUACAUACUUUAUAUAAAUGUGAAUCUUUUAGAAGCUUAUCUAUAGAAAAUCGCAUACAAAAGGCAAAAGACUUAACUGUUUGUCUCAAUUGCUUACGUAUUGGGCAUUCUGCUAAUAACUGUAAGUUUUCAAAUUGCAGAUACUGCAAACUUAAGCACAAUACGCUUUUGCAUUUAGAAGCUAGUGAACCCAAACCACUUUCUAAUCCUCUGCCUUCUGCACUUCUUUCUGUAUCGCCAACUACUUCAGAUGUUGCGCUUUCAGCUAAUUCUAUGCAGCUUGCUACUUCUUCGCAUGUUUUCCUGUCCACAGCUUUGGUGAACGUGACCAGUGCGACGGGUAAGAAGUUCACUGCUCGCCUACUGCUGGACAACGGCAGUACGGCCAACUUUAUCACGCAGAGUUUAGCGGAGCAACUGGGUUUGUCACAACGCGGUAUGAGCACCAAGGUGACUGAUGCCAACAUCACGAGCCUGGAUCGCUGGAAGAGGAUCCAGUACAUCAGACAGCACUUCUGGGGACGCUUCCAUAAUGAGUACACUUCUCUGCUGCAGGCCAAGUCAAAGUGGUUAAAUUCCAGAGGCGAACUGAAACCAGGGUCCUUAGUCCUGAUCAAGGACAAGACGACGCCACCGCUGCUCUGGUCCCUGGGUCGGGUCACUAAGACCUAUCCCGGCGUCGACGGAGUCACGCGGGUGGCUGAGCUGAAGACGAGGAGGGGCACCAUUCGUCGUGCCUUCAACUGCAUCUGCCCGCUCCCUAUCGAAGACUUUUGAAGAGCAUCCUUCAACCCGGGGAGUAUGUCGGCGCACCUCAGCGAGCAACCGCGAUGGCGACCGAAGGGAGUGCUGCGGAGGCCGGGGCGGGGGCUGCCCCGGCUGGCGAGCCCGCGGCCGCGCUCCCUUCACUUCUCUCCGCGACGCGCUUGACCACGGGCACUUACCUGUUUUCUUGGUUUUAUUGUAAUUUUAACGGCAUUAAAAGCCUAUGUAAUACAGUC